CACAUGCAAAUUUGGUCGCAUUCAUAACACAUGGAGGUAUGAAUAGUAUAACGGAGACAGCUCGAAAUGGUAAACCGGUGAUUGUGAUUCCAUUGUUUGGUGAUCAGUUGCGAAACGCAAAGAUGGCGGAGCGAGCCGGAUUCGGGGUCCGCCUGAGUCUAGACCGUGCUACAGUGGGAGGUACAUUGGUCAGUGCAAUUGCUGCUGUUCUCAAUGAUAAGAGGUAGUG